CUGCGUCUGGACGGUCAGGAAAGAGAUCAGUCAUCAGUUCCGCCGUCGCAAUGGAAUCAAACAAGGACGAAGCGGAGCGCUGCAUCGAAAUAGCGAUCGCAGCGCUGCGAGAGAACGAUCCCGACAAAGCCAAGCGGUUCCUCGAGAAGGCGCAGAGACUGUUUCCCACCGACAAGGCGAGAUCUUUACUAAAGUCUAUUGCUGAGAAUGGAGGACCUUCUACAAGUGAAGAACACAUUAGAGAAAAUGAUGGAUUACGAAACCGAAGUCACAACACUGAAGAUCACUCCUCUGGACAGGGUGCCACAGAAUCAGCCAAGCCAUACACAUCAGAGCAGCUGGAUGCGGUCAAAAGAAUUAAGAGAUGUAAAGACUAUUAUGAGAUUCUUGGAGUCAGUAAAGAAGCCUCUGAGGAGGAUUUGAAAAAAUCUUACCGAAAGCUAGCUCUAAAGUUUCAUCCAGAUAAAAACCAUGCACCUGGUGCCACUGAAGCAUUUAAAGCUAUAGGUAAUGCUUACGCAGUUCUAAGUAACUCUGAGAAAAGACGGCAAUAUGAUGUUUAUGGUGAAGAAAAAGCCAAUCCGACUCACAGGCACAGGACCCAAAACAGGAAUUUCGAGGCAGAUAUUUCCCCUGAGGACCUUUUCAAUAUGUUCUUUGGAGGUGGAUUUCCUACCAAUAAUGUGCAUGUGUACAGCAAUGGCAGGAUGAGGUUUGGCCAUCAACAGCGACAUGAACGACGAGAACAACAGAGAGAAGGUGGCCUUGCCUUGUUUGUACAGCUGAUGCCAAUACUCAUUCUGAUCAUAGUCUCUGCUCUCAGCCAGAUGAUGGUUUCCAGUCCUCCAUACAGCCUCAGCCACAGACCAUCCAUGGGCCACACAAACAAGCGACACACUCCCACUCUGAAGGUGCCUUACUAUGUAGGCGACCACUUCUCAGAAGAAUACACGGGGAUGAAUCUUAAGAAUGUUGAACAAAGUGUGGAGGAGGACUAUAUAUCAAACCUGAGAAACAAUUGCUGGAAGGAGAAGCAACAGAAGGAAGGCUUGUUGUAUCGGGCACGUUACUUUGGAGACACAGACUUAUACCAAAGGGCACAGAAGAUGGCAACACCCAGCUGCUCGAAACUUUCAGAUAUACAGGUUCUGAUACACGGCCAUUGAGUAGCAGAAUGUGGUGUCCUGUUCAGACGUCAUUUGAAGAUGAUAAUAUACAGAAAUGUUCUGUUCUCUUUGCUAAAAUAGGACAUUGCAUUGCAUCAGUUCAGGAGAAACAAAGAUAGCCCAUCCUGGUGCCACAUGGGUUCCCUCUCAUCUCUCCUUCAAAAUCUUAGGAAAAUCACAACUCAUGGAAGAUCUUACCAUCUGCGAAAUGGUUUUGUAUAUGGAUUUAAAUAUGUAAUAAAUUAAAAAGCAUUGGAUGAUUUACUGGUAGAGAGAAAAGUGCACAGCUAUUAAAUGGUAAUCAAUGCUGCUAGCGUACUGCUUUUCUUUUUUUAUUUAGACCCUUUCUUAUCAAAGCAUUUUUCAAUACCCAUAUUUGGGUUUUCUGAGCCAAUUCUGAAAUUUCUAGUAGUGUUUGAUCUGUUUAUCUGACCACAGGAAGUCAAAUGAUUACACCGGUGUCAUUUUAGCAUUCAGUGAAUUGUUCACAGUUGUUUUGCCUGUUGGAUUUUUAAAAAGAACGUUUAAGAUUUAUGCAGAUGGAAAAUUAAUAUUUGUAUUUAUUAAAUGUUAUCAUACUAUUUUCUUCCAUUUUAAGUUAUUUUUAGAACCUUAGAAGCAUUAAUCUUAACAGUGUUUUGCAAAGUGUAGAUGGAGGGUUCUAAAGCAUAAUCAAGUGCCUUGCCAGAUCCAGUCUUACUGUAUACUGUAAGUCUCUGUAUAAUGUAAUAUAGGAAGGAAAAACAUCAAUGCUUGACAUUAGUGCUUAGAACAAUUGGCCACUAAAAUGUUCUUGGAGAUUUAUUUCUUCUUCCAUAUUUUAUGUUCUUUCAUUUGAGUACAACAUUUUAUGAUUUUUCUGUGUGUGUGUGUGUAUGUCAUGUAACAUAGUUACCAAAAAAGAAAGAAAUAAGAAUAAAUGUUCUUUUUAACAAAUAGUUGAAACAUAAUUAUGCCUAAUUUGACAUUCUGAGGAGAUGUUAAGCUUUUUACAACAAGCUUUUUCUGAUUUAUGAGGUAAGCACAAUGAGAUUUAAAUACAUAUUCAGCCAAUAUUUCUUUUAAUUUGCCCUUAAAGGCUGUCUUGAAAUGGGAAAAUUAAACUACUUUGAAAAUUAAAAACGAAGAAAAAUAAGUAUUUAGGGUCAAGUCUGUUUGGACAUAAGUCCAUACAUUUUUUUCUUUUUCUUUUUUUUUUAGUUAUUGAAAGAAGCCUCUCUGCAUUUAUUUGAUUAAAAACAAUAAAAUUGCUGAAAGCUGAAAUCUCAGCAACCAUUA